CUUACAGUGCAAUAAAUCAAUCCUGGCAGAAGCUGUCUAUACCAGCCUUGUCACCCCUGCUCAGUGUUCCUCAAGAACCAGUGAGGGAUAGACACAGCAAAUAAAGCGAUACUGCUAUGAGAUGGCAAGGAAACUCACUGUAUUGGAAGUCCUUCUGAUCAUCUUCUUCCUAACUGUGCUGGCCUUAGAUAUCUUCUUGAUGUUUUUUGUGUUUGAGAAAACUGAAGAGGCUGCAUUUGUUCCAGAAUGCCCAGAGAUCCCUGAGUCAGAGAGGAUAGACUGUGCUCCAGGCCAGGUGGUGUCAGAGAAUGUCUGCAGCCAGCAACAUAAGUGCUGCUGGAAACCUGUGCCAGAUAUUAAUGUCCCCUGGUGCUUCUUCCCCAGGAACUGGGGCUAUCACAUCAUCAGUAGACAGAAUGAUACAAAGACAGGGUUUACAGCCCAGUUGGAAAAGUUGUCAUUCCCAUCUCUGUUUGGAUAUGAUGUCAAGGAGGCUGGCUUCACAGCUGAAUAUCAGACAUCCAAUCGUUUUCAUUUUAAGAUCAGUGAUAUCAACAACAGACGCUAUGAAGUGCCCCCUGAAAUUAUUAACCUGUCUGAUAGGACUACCAAGACCUCCAAUUUGAACUAUUAUGUAGAGGUCAUUGAUAAGCCCUUCAGCAUCAAAAUAAUGAGGACAAGCAACAAAAGAGUCUUAUUGGACACGAGCAUCGGGCCCCUGCAGUUCGCCCAGCAGUACCUGCAGCUGUCCUUCCGACUGCCCAGCACCGCUGUGUAUGGCCUGGGGGAGCAUGUGCACCAGGAGUACCGCCACAACAUGACCUGGAAGACCUGGCCCAUCUUCACUCGCGAUGCCACGCCCACCAAGGGAAUGAUUAAUCUGUAUGGAGCUCAUACAUUCUUCCUGUGCCUUGAAGACACCAGCGGCUCCUCUUUUGGGGUGUUUCUGUUGAACAGUAAUGCCAUGGAGGUCACCCUGCAGCCUGCUCCUGCGAUCACUUACCGCACAAUUGGGGGCAUCCUUGACUUUUACAUAUUCCUGGGAAAUACUCCAGAACAAGUGGUUCAGGAGUAUCUGGAGCUCAUUGGACGACCAUUCAUGCCUCCCUACUGGAGUCUUGGGUUCCAGCUUAGUCGCAGGAACUAUGGUGGCAUCAAUGGGUUGAAGAAGGUUGUGGAUCGAAAUCGUGUAGCUCAGAUCCCUUAUGAUGUCCAGUACUCUGACAUAGACUACAUGGAUGGAAAUAAGGAUUUUACUACUGAUGAAAAGGCUUUCCCUAAUCUCUCAAAUUUUAUCAACGACUUACAUAAGCAAGGACUGAAAUAUGUAAUCAUUAUGAAUCCUGGCAUCUUAAAUAACUCUGACUACCAGCCCUAUAUGAAUGGAAGCCACAAGAGAGUAUGGAUCUUGGGGGACAAUGGCUUUGUCGUUGGGCAGGGAUACCCCGGAAGGACAGUGUUUCCUGAUUAUAGUAAUCCGACUUGCACUCAGUGGUGGACGGAGCAGUUCAGUGAAUUUCAUAAAACUCUCAAGUUUGAUGGAGUAUGGAUUGAAAUGGAUGAAGUAUCCAGCUUUCUCCACGGUUCCGAUGGCGAGUGUGAACAUAAUACCUUCAACUUUCCUCCUUUUACUCCCCGGAUUCUGGACCGCUUGCUUUUUGCAAGAACCCUGUGCAUGGAUGCAGAAUUUCAGUGGGGUCUUCAUUAUGAUGUCCACAGUUUGUAUGGCUACUCCAUGGCAAAAGCAACAGACUCGGCCAUGAAGAAUAUCUUCCCCAACAAAAGUAACUUGAUCUUAUCCCGUUCUACUUUUGCUGGAUCUGGCAAAUAUGCUGCACAUUGGUUGGGGGACAAUGCAGCCACAUGGGAUGAUCUCCGAUGGUCCAUCCCUAGUAUCCUUGAGUUCAACCUGUUUGGUAUCCCCAUGGUAGGUGCCAACAUCUGUGGUUACACAAAAGAUGUCACAGAGGAGCUCUGCACAAGAUGGAUGCAGCUUGGAGCAUUUUAUCCACUAUCGAGGAAUCACAACGGGCCUGGGUUCAGGGACCAGGAUCCUGCUGCCUUUGGUGAACACUCUCUGUUGGUGAAUUCCUCCAGAUAUUAUCUGAACAUCCGCUACACCCUGCUGCCCUACCUCUACACGCUUUUCUACCGAGCUCACACCCGGGGGGACACUGUAGCGAGGCCCCUGGUCCAUGAGUUCUACCAGGACCCAGCUACCUGGGGCAUACAUGAACAGUUCCUAUGGGGGCCUGGACUCCUCAUCACGCCUGUUUUAUAUGAGGGUGUGGACCGAGUGAAAGCAUACAUACCGGACGCCAUCUGGUACGACUAUGAAACAGGGGUAGCCAUCCAGUGGAGGAAACAAUUGGUGGAGAUGCUGCUGCCACUUGAUAGGAUAGGACUUCACCUCCGAGGGGGCUUCAUAUUUCCCAUCCAACAACCCAGCACAACCACCGAGGCCAGUCGAAAGAAUUCCCUGGGACUCAUUGUUGCCUUGGACUACAAGAGACAGGCACGGGGCGAGCUGUACUGGGAUGAUGGUGUAUCUAAUGAUGCUGAAAAGAAGUAUAUUCUAUAUGAUUUUUCUGUCAGCUCUAAUCGUCUACAGGCAAAGACUGUAAAUAAUAACUAUACGGACCCUAACAACCUCAUGUUUACAGAUAUCAUAAUCUUGGGAAUGGACAAGCAACCUAUUGAUUUUACUGUCUUACAUAGUAAUUCUGCCACCUCCAUUUCAAAUGUUGCCUACAACGUUUCAUCAAAGAUGGUGAAGAUCAGUGAUCUCAAGGGACUGGCUCUUGGUCAGAAUUUCUCCAUCGAAUGGAAACUUCCAGUCAGUGACCUGGAGAAAUUCAACUGCUACCCUGAGGAUUCUGAGGUGUCUGAGGAGAGUUGCCGGCAGCGGGGGUGCCUUUGGGAGAGCACAACUGUUCCUGACGUGCCCACCUGUUACUACGACACCAUCCCUAGUUAUGCCGCCAGUAACAUUCAGUACCUGCCUACGGGCAUCACCACAAAACUUGCCCACCUGGGGGCCCCUGAAUCAGCCCGAGCAGCCACUGCCUCUGGCUCUCUCUCUGCAACAAUCAGCUUCCUCCAGCUGAGUGUGAUCUACCACACAGAGUACAUGCUGCAGUUCAAGAUCUUUGAUUCCAUGAGCAAAAGGUACGAGGUCCCCGUGCCUCUGAACACCCCUCCCUCUCCAGUUGGCUCCCCUGAAGACCGUCUGUAUGACGUCAAGAUUCAAAACAAUCCUUUUGGGAUCCAGAUUCGAAGAAAAAGCUCUGGCACUGUGAUUUGGGAUUCUCAGCUGCCUGGCUUCACCUUCAACGACAUGUUCCUCUCCAUUUCUACUCGCCUCCCCUCUCAGUACAUCUAUGGCUUUGGGGAGACGGAGCACACAGCUUUCAGAAGAAAUAUGAGCUGGACCACGUGGGGAAUGUUUGCUCGUGAUGAGCCCCCAGCAUACAAGAAGAAUUCCUAUGGCGUCCACCCCUACUACAUGGCACUGGAAGAAGAUGGCAGCGCCCAUGGGGUGCUCCUGCUAAACAGCAAUGCCAUGGAUGUGGCAUUCCAGCCCACUCCUGCCCUGACAUACCGCACCACAGGAGGGAUUUUGGACUUUUAUAUGGUUUUGGGGCCAACCCCUGAGCUUGUAACUCAGCAAUACACUGAGUUGAUUGGUCGGCCAGCAAUGACUCCAUACUGGGCCUUGGGAUUCCAGCUAAGUCGCUAUGGAUACCACAAUGAUACUGAGAUCUCCCAAUUGUAUGAGGCAAUGAUGGCGGCACAGAUUCCCUAUGACGUCCAGCACGUAGACAUCGAUUACAUGGACCGGAAGCUGGACUUCACUCUCAGCUCCAGCUUCAAAAACCUCAGCUUCUUGAUUGAGAAAAUGAAGAAAAAUGGCAUGAGAUUCAUUCUCAUUCUGGACCCAGCUAUUUCUGGCAACGAGACCAAGUAUGAGCCAUUCACCAGAGGGGAGGAAAACAAUGUGUUCAUCAAAUGGCCCAACAGUAAUGACAUUGUCUGGGGAAAGGCUUGGCCAGAACUGCCCAAUGUGAAUGUGGAUACAUCCCUUGACCAUGAAACUCAGGUUAAGCUGUACAGAGCCAAUGUUGCUUUUCCAGACUUCUUUCGUAAUAGUACAGCCGCAUGGUGGAAGAUGGAAAUCAAAGAGCUCUAUGAAGAUUUCCAAAAGCCAGGGAAGAACUUGAAGUUUGAUGGACUGUGGAUUGAUAUGAACGAGCCAUCAAACUUUGUGAAUGGAUCUGUCAGGGGCUGCAGUGAUGAAAUUCUUAAUAAUCCACCCUAUAUGCCAUAUUUGGAGUCCAGGGAAAAGGGCCUGAGCAGCAAGACCCUGUGCAUGGAGAGUGAGCAGAUCCUGCCAGAUGGCUCGCGGGUGCGGCACUACGACGUUCACAGCCUGUACGGAUGGGCCCAGACCAGACCCACCUACGAAGCUGUGCAGGAAGUGACGGGAAAGCGAGGGGUCGUCGUCACGCGCUCCACGUUCCCCUCUUCUGGCCGCUGGGGAGGCCACUGGCUGGGCGACAACACGGCCGCGUGGGACCAGCUGAGGAAAUCCAUCAUCGGCAUGAUGGAGUUCAGUCUCUUUGGAAUAUCGUAUACAGGAGCAGAUAUUUGUGGCUUCUUUGGAAAUGCUGAAUAUGAGAUGUGUGUUCGCUGGAUGCAACUGGGGGCCUUUUAUCCCUUUUCCAGAAACCACAACACCAUCGGGACCAGGAGACAAGAUCCUGUGGCCUGGAAUUCAACCUUUGAGAUGUUCUCCAGAAAAGUCCUUCAGAUCAGAUACACCCUGCUGCCCUACCUCUACACUUUGAUGCAUAAAGCUCAUGUUGAGGGCAGCACUGUCGUCCGACCCCUUUUCCAUGAGUUUACGAAUGACAACGAAACGUGGGAUAUAGACUGUCAGUUCAUGUUGGGUCCUGCCCUCUUAAUCAGCCCUGUGCUGAAAAGUAAUACUUUUGCGAUUCCUGCUUAUUUUCCCAAAGCCCAUUGGUAUGACUAUAGCACGCAAACUGGCAAUGUGUCGACAGGUGAGUGGAAAACCCUGGGCGCACCCCUUGACCACAUCAACCUUCACAUCAGAGGAGGCUACAUCCUGCCUUGGCAAGAGCCCGCGAUGAACACUCAAGCCAGGUGAGGACAAAGCUGGAUGGCCACGCUUUGUCAUAAUGAGGCAGCCUCUCAGGGAGCUGCCCACCUUCACCAAAGCUCUGUGGAUAAAUAAAUACAACU